CAAACAAUGAGUGACGAGCCUCUUCCAUCCUCCUUCGAGGGUAACCCUCAAUUUGAGGAAGAAACUCCCCUGCAGAAAUUCCGCAGAAGGUUCAAGGAGGAACCAUUGAUCCCCCUGGGAUGCGCCGCUACCUGCUAUGCCCUUUACCGUGCCUACCGCUCCAUGAAGGCCGGGGACUCUGUCGAAAUGAAUCGCAUGUUUCGUGCCCGUAUUUACGCCCAAGCCUUUACCCUAGUCGCCGUGGUGGCGGGAGGAAUGUACUUCAAAACAGAGCGACAGCAGCGCAAGGAGUUUGAGCAGAUAGUGGAGGCGCGGAAGAGUGAGGAGAAGCGGGAUGCCUGGCUACGUGAGCUCGAAAUCCGUGACAAAGAAGACAAGGAAUGGAGAGAACGCCAUGCUGCUAUUGAGGCGGCAGCCAACGAGGCGGCCGGCAAGAAACCAACUCCUCCACAGGCGCAGGCGCCCGAGCAGGAUGCUGCUCGCUCUGCUAUUGAACCAUCUGAACAAAAGUCGAUCGGGGUACUAGAUGCCGUGAUAGAACUGAUCUCAAGGCAGAAGUAAAACCAGGAUAUUCUUUGGACUGCCAAUAUAUGUAUUUUAAAUUUUUUUUUUCUUCUCUCCUCUAUUGGGUUUGGGUGCAUAUGAUUGUAAAUAUAGCUUAAAUUGUUAUACAUUUACCAUUAAUUUGCCUUCGUGCUGGAGUCAUGGCUGUUUUAAGAUCCUCCCCACCCUGACUGC